GAAUUGCCUUGAUCCCCCAGCCAAGGUUCAAAAACUUUCUGUGGUCAGGACCAUUAUCAGGAAGUGAUCAAGAUCGUCCCUCCCUUUCAGACAGUUAAAAUCGUGCCUUUGGCCGCCAGAGUCUAGAGAAGCAGCUAUGGAGCUGACUGCCAGUAACAAGGUCCUUUCCUGCUGCUUGUCCCUGCUGUGCCUGCUGUCUGUCUGUCUGUGUCCAAGGAUAGAAGAGACUGCUUCUCUUUGUAACAUUUACAAGGUUAACAGGUCAGAGUCUGGACAACAUAGUCAUGAAGUUCAAGGCCUACUCAACAGACAGCCUCUUUUUGUCUACAAGGAUAAAAAGUGUCAUGCCAUUGGUGCUCAUAGGAACAGCAUGAAUGCUACAAAGAUCUGUGAAAAAGAGGUUGACACUCUGAAAGAUGGAAUUGACAUUUUCAAAGGUCUGCUGCUUCACAUAGUGCAGGAGACUAACACAACCGGAAAGCCCCUCACUCUGCAGGCUGAGGUGUGUGGCCAGUAUGAAGUAGACAAACAUUUCACAGGAUACGCCAUUGUUAGCCUCAAUGGAAAGAAUAUAUUCCGUGUUGACACAAGCACUGGCAACUGGACCCAACUGGAUCAUGAAUUCGAGAAGUUUAUAGAAAUGUGCAAGGAAGACAAGGUUUUAGCUGCCUUUUUAAAGAAGACUACAGAGGGCGACUGCAGGACCUGGCUUGAUGAGCUCAUGUUGCACUGGAAAGAACAUCUGGAGCCUGCAGGAUCUUUCAGUACCUUGAUGAUUAUUCUAUGCGUGAUUGCAAUUGCCUUUCUCGGAUUGAUCUUCGGAGUCUCUUGUAAAUUAAGACAUUUACGUACAAAAAAGAUUGGCCUGCAGUCCUCACCACCACCUCUCUUGGAUGACUCUUUGACAGUGCCUACUUCACCACAAUCCAGUGUAUGUGGAACUAUGAUUCAAUGUCUCUGUCCUCGGAAGUUGAAGUCACCUGUGUUUAUGCAGAUUGAUCUGCAGUCCUCAGCACCACCUCUGUUGGAUGACUCUUUGACAGUGCCUGAGACGUGUUCAGUAAAGAAAGAAGAUGAAUUUCCGACAGCAUCUCAGAAUUCUGUGCUGUUGACUUCAGACGAUAUUGAUGGGAUCCCAUGAGACUGAUGGCCGACAGAGCCUCACGCACCAGGGCAUCAGAGUGCACUAGGCUGUUGCCACCAGGGGCUUCCUCUUGCUCUGUUCCUUUCCUUUCUCAUUCUUACAUGAUAGUGCUGUGGAGAUCAAGCAGGGCAUGGCUCUAAGUUUCUUCUCACUGUGCAAAAACAAUGAUUUGUCCUGAGUGAUUCCAUUUUACAAGCAGCACUUGGCUCCCUUCUGAGUGCAAUGCAGACAUUGGAGGACAGGGCACCUUAAUUUAAACAUAGAUACAUGUCAGCCAGGUACCAUCCAUGAUGCAGGUGUUGAUAAUUAACUUAAUCCCCAAGGUAAAAAAAUAUGCCUCCCAUGCACUUAUCAAAAUAGAUUUGAAGUCAUGAACACAUGUGCAUCUCAAAUUAUAUCAGAGAACUAGGUCUGAGAAUUUAUCUCACCCUCACCUGGUCCCCUAAAGAAGCCACCUAGCCCUGCAAUGCUCAUGGCCCCCACAAACUUGCCCCUGUCUGUUUGUGUGUCAAGGAACCUUCAGACAGAGGACUCCUGGCCAUCUUAAGGCUUCAGCUCCAUCCACAAUGCUAAAGCCUCCUGCUUGAAACGCUGUCUGACAGUUCAUCUGCUGCUCCAUGUUAAUGUGGGUCUGCAUCUCACCUGCUGGAUCCUGGGGUCCUGCACCUCACCUCU